AUGGCUUGUGAUGAAGAAUUCUGCAAGGACUAUCUGGUGUUGAAACCAGAAGAAGGUAGUCUUUUCGAUCUUGUUCGUAUAUUACGUUCAUCUGAAUUAGACAAAAGAGAGUUUGUUGAAUUCUCUGGUGUAGGGAAACUGAUCAGAGGACUCGAGUAUAGAUGGAUCGUGUCCGUCUCCUUCCUUGCGCAGAAACUCCUCCUUUACUUGAAAAAACCCUUGGCUCGGAUAGGGUUCUUGCUCGAGAUGUGGCUCAAUCUCCUGUCAAGCAAUGGUGGUGCUUUCUUCCCAUUUUUGCUAAAUACCCUAAAAGGAAACUUUGUGUGGCCAAACAGAACAUCAGCAACUUUCACAUCUGUGGUGGGAAAUCUUGAUCUAAGGGUGGAAUUAGAUAAAAAUAUGAGAAAUGGGGACAGAAGAUAUGCUACAUCACUGUCUAUGAUGGCUGCUAAAUUGGCCUAUGAGAAUGCAGCUUUUGUCCAAACUAUAGUCACAGAGCACUGGAAUAUGGAAUUCUUGGGGUUCUUCAGCUUCUGGAAUGAUUAUCAGAAUCAAUCAUCAACCCAAGCUAUCAUGUUCCACGAUACAAGCACUAAUUCUGACCUAAUCAUGGUGGCCUUUAGAGGAACCGAGCCAUUCGACGCAGACAAGUGGUGCACAGAUGUGGACAUCUCAUGGUAUGAGCUCGAGAAUGUUGGUAGAAUCCAUGGUGGCUUUAUGAAAGCAUUGGGCUUACAGAAGGGAAAAGGGUGGCCUAAGAAGAUAGAACAAGGUUUGAACGAAAAAUCAUAUGCUUACUAUACAAUUAGACAGAAGCUGAGAGACUUAUUACAAAAGCAUGAGAAGGCAAAGUUUGUAGUGACAGGACACAGCUUGGGAGGGGCACUAGCAAUUCUGUUUGCGGCAGUGCUAGGGUUUCACGAGGAGGAAGGGUUGUUGAACAGGUUGGAAGGGGUGUACACUUUUGGGCAGCCUAGGGUUGGGAACAAGAAGUUUGGGGAAUUUAUGGAGGGAAAAAUGAGGAAGUAUGAUGUGAGAUAUAUUAGGUUUGUUUAUUGUAAUGACAUAGUGCCUAGAUUGCCAUAUGAGGGUAGAACUCUCUUGUUUAAGCACUUUGGGACCUGUCUCUACUACAACAGCUGCUACAAAGGCAAGGUUGUUUGGGAGGAACCAAAUAAGAACUACUUCUCAGUGCUGUGGGCAAUACCCAAGAUCUUAAACGCUGUUUGGGAGCUGAUUAGGAGUUUCAUUAUCCCAUACAUCAAGGGUUCAGACUACAAGGAAGGCUGGUUUUUGAGAUUUGUUAGGGUGUUUGGGUUGGCAGUUCCAGGAUUAUCGGCUCAUGGGCCUGAAGAUUAUGUUAAUGUCACUAGAUUGGGCUCCUUACAUUCAUUACUUUCUAGCCAAGGCCUAAUUCAGCAACAAGGUCUUAAACAUGAAUAAGUUCAAAUGAUCUGUGUGUGUGUGUUUUUAAUGGUAAAGCAAACUCACACACAUAUGAUUCUACUGUGCCUCAAACUCCUUACCUUUCCUUUGGAGCCAAGUUUAUAGUUAUUGCCCAUUUGGUUCUACUAAU